AUGUCGCCCAGCGAGAAAAGGCGGAUGGAGCUUCUUCCCGUCGCCCACCUCCUGCCUCCAGCCGUCUUUGACGCUUGUGGCUUCGAUGACUCCAUGUUCUACGAGGACGAGGAGCUUAACAGAGCGUAUAGGCGCGAAUUUGGCACCGGUUCGCCCAGUGACUCGGAGUCAUGCGACUGGGCGUCCGACGAGAACGGCGCUUCAGUGUCUGCAGGGAUAGACCAGGAUUCUGUCCCACAGGUGAAGAGAGCUCCAUCGGAGACUGGUGAGGUGCCGGAUGAGACUCAAGGCUCCGUUGUGCGGAGACGCAAGCGCAUGGUCAUGGAUCCAGAGCUGUCGCGCAUCAGAAGAGCGUCCCUCCGGCCUCGCGUGCAAAGAAAGACGUGA